AUGCGUUGGUCAUGCGCCGUACAAGAAGAACAUAAAGGAGGUCAUGCGCUGGCCAUGCGACGCACAGCCAGCGCACAAGCGGCGUACUUUACUCGAAUGCGAAGGACUGCGAGUCAAAACAAUCUUGAGGAAUUCGAUCCUGAGCCUGAACGUACUUUCAAUCGGCGCAGGAGAGAUUUGAAUUUAUUGCAGAACCCGCAGGCUGUCGUAGAAUUACCUGUGAUCAUGGCUAAUAAUCCACCAACGAAAGUGAGAGAGGUUGCAGUGCCUCGUGUGGUAGAUGUAACUUCGAGCAUUGUCAAACCCACCAUCGAAGGGCACUUUGAGCUGAAGCAUCCCAUGAUUCAGCUACUUCACUCUAGUGGGCAAUUCACGGGAAUGUCACACGAGGAUCCCCAGCGUCACAUCCAUACCUUUUUGCAGAUUGUUGAUACUUUUGCUACUGGAAGGGUCACUAAAGAAUAUGUGCGGCUGACAUUGUUCCCCUUUUCUCUAUUGGGGAAUGCAAGUUCUUCCCACCAAAGAAAGACAGCGCACCUCCGAAGGGAGAUCAUGUCAUUCAGGCAGAAAAAUGGAGAGAAUUUGUAUCAAGCGUGGGAGAGGUUUAAGGGUCUUCUCAGAGAUUGUCCUCACCACCAUCAGACGAAUGAAGUUCUGGCACACACAUUUAUUGAGAGUCUGGAUGCCCAACAUAAGUCAUCACUAGACACUGCUGCAGGAGGGCAGGCUCUUGAUCUAAGCUAUGAAGAACUAUUCACACUAUUGAACAGGUUUACUCAGAGCACUCCAGACUGGCAGGAUGACGUGGCUAGCAGUUCAGUUAGAAAGGUACCGGGUGUCUUUAAAGUGGAUAAUUUUACAACAUUAUCAGCACAGAUUGAUGCCAUGCGCACCGAACUCAAGAAGUUAGCUGCGUCGCAAGCGCCACCACAGGUGCAUGCAGUGCAGCAAGCCAUAGCCUUUUGUGAUGUCUGCGGAGAGGGUCACAACAGUGAUGAAUGCCCUGCAAAUCCCGCAUCCAUAUACUUUGUGGGUAAUGCAGGCAAGGGGCAAGGAAACAACAAUCAAUACGAAAAUUCCUACAACCCAAAUUGGAGGAACCACCCGAAUUUCAGGUGGAGUGACAACUCAGGUAAUCAGAAGCAAAACUAUCAGUCAACACCUACUCCUCAAGCUCCCACAAACAGUAUGGAAGAGAUGAUGAAAAUGAUGAUGGGUGACAUGCAGAAGAUGAUGAUAGACCAGCAAAAGUUAAUAGCAGAUAAUCAGAAUCGUGAUUUGGCUGUGCGGAAUUUAGAGAGGCAGAUGGGACAGAUAGCUGGUGCACAAAAUACUAGACCACCUGGAAGACUUCCAAGUGACACAGAUAGGAAGUGGCUUCAAAGAAAACUGGCAGAGAAGAUUGCCAUAGAAAUAAGUGAAAAAGAGAAGGCAGUCGAGGCACCAGUGGCAAAGCAGCCACAGGCCGUGGUUGCAAAGCCACCGCCUCCAUUCCCUCAACAUCUAGCAAGACAGAAAGAAGAGGCUACUUACAAGAAGUUUCUUGAUUUGCUUAAGCAGGUACACGUGAACGUCCCCUUGGUCGAUAUGCUGCAGGGUAUUCCAAAGUAUGCUAAGUACAUCAAAGAUAUUGUUGCAAACAAGAGCCGUUUCACAGAGUAUGCCACGGUUGCACUUACUGAGGAGUGCACUUCUCGUAUUCAGAACAAGUUGCCCACAAAAUUGAAGGAUCCCGGAAGUUUCACUAUUGAGAUUUCUAUUGGGACACAGGUUGUUGCUCGAGCACUUUGUGACCUAGGUGUAAGUAUAAAUCUGAUGCCUUCGUCUAUCUUCUGGAAGAUAGUUUUGGGAGUGCCCAGACCAACCACUAUAGUUCUUCAGCUGGCAGACAGAUCGUUAGCAAGACCCAAAGGCAUUAUUGAAGAUGUAUUGGUACAAGUAGGGUCGUUGAUAAUUCCUGCUAACUUCGUGAUAUUGUAUUUCGAGCUAGACCCGAAAGUCCCAUUUAUUUUAGGGCGUCCGUUCUUGGCCACAGGGAGAGCACUUAUUGAUGUAGCUGCUGGGCAGCUUACCAUGCGAGUACAUGAUAAAGUAGAGGUUUUCAAUGUAUACCAAGCUCUGAAGAUGCCUGCAAUCUAUGAGGAGCUGUCCGCCAUUACUGUUCUGAAUGAUGAUACACGAAGGCCACUCAUCACUUCUCAUGAUCCAUUGGAGAGAGCCUAG